ACGCCCGCUGUGCGACUGUCCUCGGUGCUUCACGAUGUUCGUCCUUGUCUUGUAAUGUUGUCGCUGGAAAGAAAAUAAACCGCUUACUCCGAGCUGGCACCAUGACUUCCAGAGGCACGCCGAGCCGCUUUUUAAAGAGCGUCUUACAGAAUGGAGUCGGGCGGUACGUCUGCCAGAUCAAGCGGAUUUCCCUCGUCUUCUCUAAGGAUGGGCAGACUUCCCUCGGUGCCAGAGAGUUUAUUGAAGACAAAGUGGUGGACUUUGCCAAGCAGAAUCCUGGGAUAGUGGUCUACGUGACUCCCCAGCGGUGCAGAAUUCCGAAAAUCAUCGCUGAAUACUUAAACGGCACUGUGAAAGAGGAGCGCAUUAAUAGCAAGACCUCGGAGGAGAUCACCCAGCUGAUUAAGAAGCUAUCCAGCCAGUCUGGGCUGGAGGUCAUCCGGAUCCGCAAACCCAUCCACACUGACAGCCCCAGCAUCCAGGGCCAGUGGCACCCCUUCACGAACCGGGCCCCCUCCCUCAGGGUGCACAGGGGGCAGCUCCCAAAUAACCAAGAAGAGCCUCAGCCCACCACAAACACCUGCUAAAUACAGAGCCAUUGACCAAGCAGAGCUUCAGACCACCACAAGCACCUGCUAAAUACAGAGGCAUUGACCAAGCAGAGCUUCAGACCACCACAAGCACCAUAAGAAAUAAAGAGCCACAGGAUUCUUUUUCUAUUCCAUGAAGGCGCUUCUCAUCGCAGUCGAAUCUUUUUACAAUUCAUACAGGUGUUACUGUCACUGGCGUUCAGGAGAUGGCAUCCUGGUUAUUUCCAGACAUCAGAGUCUGUUUGUGCUGGGCAGUGUGACAUGUAUCCAGUGCUAUUUAAAUUGCACCAUAAGAGCUUUGCCAGUUAAUUACUGAUUAAAAAUAGAUGCAUUGUAACUGUUAGAAAUGAUGCUACCCUUGCUUUAUUAACCAAGCAGUUAACAAAAAGAUAACACAAGUAAUUACAGUAACAGGUGAGUGAUUGCCCUCAUUGUUUCAUGUUUCCUGGUAUUGCCUAAAAUGGAUUUCUAUUAAAUCUCUUGUUGUACUACAAUAUAUUCUGAAUCCUAUUAAAAGAAUUGGCAUUCUCUUA